UGAAGACUAUGGUGAGCCCUGGAGAGCUAAGCCUCACUCAGGAGAUGCCUCAGUCUCUAGAAGCCACAGCAGCAGAGUUGGUCAUGGUUGAACUCCUUGCCUGCAGGGAAAUCCUGAAUCCUGAGAUUCUCUUCAGCUGUGAAGGCCAGCCAGAAAUGGGCUUCUUUUUCUGCCAGGUUGAAACACUCUCCGCCCUGCAAGGCCAGAUGCACCCCUCAGAAAUCCUGAGCCCUGAGACUGUCUUCAGCUGUGAAGACCAGCCAGAAAUGAGCUGCUUCUAUCAGGUUGAAAUGCUCUCCGACCUCCAGGGGCAAACGAUCCUCUCAGAAAUCCUGAAUCCUGAGAUUCUCUUCAGCUGUGAAGACCAGCCAGAAAUGGGCUUCUUUUUCUGCCAGGUUGAAACACUCUCCGCCCUCCAAGGCCAGGUGCAUCCCUCAGGUGAAACACCCUUUCAGCUACUCCAGCAAAACAAUGCCCUGAAUCCAGACCACACUAGGUAUUUCCCAGGCACAACAGCCACAGAUCACGAUAUGAUGCAAGAUUCUGGGAACAAGGAACCAGACUCCAGCCAGAUGGUCUUGCACCCCCUACACCAGAGAUAUGUCUCCUCACCAGGCUACAUCAGGCCCCCACCGAAGGCUAGGAGAAGACUCGCCUAUGACCCUUGAUCUUCCUCUCCCCAGCUGACCCCCAAGAAGUCUGGCCCAAUGCUGGCUGCCUCUGUUCAUUACUGACUACAGAGCUCUCUAGUCACUUCCUCUUCUUAGGAAGCUUCUUUUUCCCUUCUGUUUAAAAGUGUUUCUCUACCUCCCAAAUUGCUCCCAACCUCUAAUUCUUUGAAAAGCCCACACUGGAAUACUGUACAAAUAAAUGGAAAUCCUCAUGGCAAA